UUGCCUCCAACAGAAAACGAGCACCUACUAACCAAAAAAAGAAGAAGCAAGGAGCACCUAACUCCAUGGAAAGCAAGAACUACAGUAUCAAAGCAGACAAAGUUGUUCUUGACGAAGAAAACAAAGAAUCCAUCACAACCACCACUGACCGAUGCUAUUUCUCAGAAUUGCCGUGGCAUGUCACAUUGGAAAUCUUGCUCAAGCUCCCUAUUGAAGCCUUAAUACGAUGCAGGUAUGUAUGCAAGUCUUGGCGUGACCUACUCUUAGAUCCUAGUUUUGCCAAACUACACCAUGGUAUCACACCCACUGGUGUUGUGCUUCAAUCUAGCCUAUUCCCUCAUGGCAAUUCUGGUGGGCUUUACUUGCUUGAGCCUCAAGAACAAGGACCCACUUCUAUAAUUGCCAAGUUGAACCAUUUCACCUACCUUGAAUCUACUCUAGUGAAUUCAUGUAAUGGGUUGAUUUGCUCUUGUGAUAUUAGGAUGGCUAAUCCCAUAUACAUAUCAAAUCCUAUAACUGGUGAUUAUUUGACCCUGCCAAAUGGUGAAACAAAGCCAGAUGGUCAAUUUGUAUCUGGGUUUGGAUUUAGCCCCAAGACUAAGCAGUACAAAGUGGUUAAAUAUUCAGACUUUGUAGAGAUUUAUACACUAGGAAGUGGUGGUUGGAGAAGAAUUGAACAUGUUCCACCUGCUCGCCAUAGGAGUUUGUUUGGGACUUUUGUGGAUGGAGCUCUUCACUGGCUUGUUAAACUUCCUAAUGGCUCAUUGCUUAUUCGUUCUUUUGAUCUUGAAAAUGAGCAAUUCCGAGCAAUUCCACUACCUUCAUCUAGGGUAUAUUAUGCCAGUUUUAAAAGGUCAAAUCUUGGGAUAUUUGGAGACUGCCUUUCUUUGAGUUCAAUUGGUAUGUAUGCUUCUGAUUGGGAUAUUGAAAUUUGGGUGAUGAAGGAAUAUGGUGUUAAAGAGUCUUGGACCAAACAGCUUGUGAUUAAAUCCCCAAGUCCAUGGGAACAUUGGUGGAACCCUGAGAGUGUUCAAGUUAUAUGUUUUUUGAAAAAUGGGGAAGUUAUCUUGGAUUGCGUAGGUUGUCCAGUCAUUUACAAUAUUGCUCAAGAAAGCUUCAGAUUGUUGAACCCUAAUGGGAUAUUAUUGACACAUGUUAAAGCAACUGCUCAUGCUUCAAGCUUUGUUUCGCUUAAAGACAUUGCAAUGGGAGAUGGCUCAAGAGUGCUUAUAAACUUAGAUCAUGUCUAAGUGUUUCUGAUCCAUUUUU